UUUUGGAAAUGCUAAAAGAAUGACUCAGUGCCAUUAUAUUUGUGAUUUUCGAUCAAAUAUGUCCUAACCAGGAUAGAAGUUGUGUAAGAGUAGUGUUUAUUUGAUUAAAACAGCUUCUUUACAACAAUUUGGAAAGCGACGACCCAAGAUAGUAUCGUUAACUUGCCUGUGCCGCUGCGAAUGUCCAAACUGUCAACAAGACAACAUAAGUUGAUGUCUCCGCUGCAAUAUGGAUGCUGAUUCAAAUGACGGCACAGUCGGUGAAUCUCUCAACGGAGAAACGAAACCAGAUGUUGCGAAACUGGCACAGUCCGCCAUAAUUAAACAGGAUGUUAUGUUAUCAGCGACCACCACCCAGUCCCCCCUGGCAUCACAAUCUUCGGUGUUUACAAUCCCGUCGGUUUCCAUGGGAACAGGGGGGAUAAAUCUCACAGACCACCUUUUUCUUCCUGGGAUGUCUGCCCUGGAUCCCUCACACAAUGGCGAAAUAAAGGCUGAACAUAAUGGCUCCAUCUCAUCCCUAGCAAGCCCCUCCCAGCUAUUCGGACAACCCCAAGUUGCCCCACCCCAGUUCUUCCUAACAGGAAAUCCACUUCAGUCACAAACAGGGGCCUCUGGUGGUGUUCCUGUACAACAGCUACUCAUACCGGUCUCUACUGGUAAUGGUACCCAGCAAUUCAUCAGCAUUCCUGUUUCAAUGGCAACAGGCGGGAACCAGCAGAUACAAUUGUUAACCACUUCCAAUGGACAGAUCGUGGCGACAAAUCUUGCAAAUCUUGCCGGGCUCUCAAAUCCGCUUGGAGCGAGUCUUGCAAAUUCUGUGAACAAUCUGGCCAGCCAGUCCCUUCUCCAAAACACAGGUUCCCAGCAUUCCACAGCAAGCCAGGCUUUGACCAAUCAUCUUGCAGCUGUUGCACCAUCUUUGCUUGCAGCAGGUGCUCAGAGCCAUCUAUUGGCUGGACUGGGCCAACAGUUGCUAUCCCAUGUGUCUCUUGCCCAGUCCAACGCCAGUGACUCCCCAACAGGUCAAGCAUCAAGUCCUAGCCCAGCCCAGACAGUCUUAAACUCAUUACAACAGACUUUGUCGGCGGGGGGCGGUUGCGUAAAUGGUCUCACAAUUCAACCAACCGUAUCAGCACGGUCGGUCUCCCACAACUAUAACAACUCACCGACUCAGAUAAAAACAUUGAACACUAACUCUGCCCAGACUGCACAUAUUCUUGGGAAGAUUUCAGAAAUCGGGGCCUCCGGGCACUCCUCAACUGCAAUGAAUCUGGCCAAUCAGAUUCUAGCAACCCGUGUUACUUCCACACAGCUGAUCAAUCAUGUGCCAUCAUCGUUGGAGGGUCUCAUGCCAAACACAGUGGGUAACUCCACAGAGAGUACAACAGUAGAUGGUAUUAAUCUUGACGAGAUUAAAGAAUUCGCAAAACAGUUCAAAAUUCGACGCCUAUCUCUUGGUCUUACACAAACACAAGUUGGUCAGGCCCUCAGUGCAACAGAAGGGCCGGCAUACUCGCAGUCAGCAAUUUGCAGGUUCGAGAAACUGGACAUCACACCAAAGAGUGCCCAGAAAAUAAAGCCUGUGUUGGAACGGUGGAUGGCCGAGGCGGAGGAGCGAUACAAGAAUGGGAUGCAGAAUCUCACAGAGUUUAUUGGCAGCGAACCAUCAAAGAAGAGAAAAAGACGAACAUCGUUUACACCCCAGGCAUUGGAAUUGCUGAACAAAUUCUUUGAGAGAAAUACUCAUCCCUCUGGUGCAGAAAUGACAGAGCUUGCCGACAAGUUGAAUUAUGACAGAGAAGUAAUCAGGGUGUGGUUCUGUAAUAAGAGACAAGCUCUGAAGAAUACCAUAAAAAAACUAAAGCAGGAGGGACCGGGAUUAUGUACAUAACAUUUUCGACUGUUUGAAGUGUUCAGGUCGUAAUUAUGGGUAAAUUUUACCUUCUACAAGUGUUUUUAGUCAGUGACUUCUUCUUCAGGGUUUCUGGGAUGUGCAAUAUAAUUUGUGGCAUAAAUAUUUGAAUCCUUUAAUGUGAUUGGCUGUAGGGAAGAGUAGCAAGGAAUCUGAUUGGUUAGUGAUCCGAGGUGAAUGAAGAAAAGAUUGUGAUUGGUUCAAAUUUAUUUAUUGAUUUACAUGGACCAUUGUGUUGUGUUAGUGAUACUAUAUAAAGCUAUAAUUAUAUAUUAUAGAGAUGUAAAAGUAAUUUUACUUUUAAAUUAUUAAAUAUUUAUUGUUAGAUCUGUUACGUGUUUUGUUGUGUCUAUGCUUUGAUGUUGAAAAUAAGUAUUGUUAUAGACCUCCUGAAAAUGUGUUGUGAAAUGUGUCUUUUUUUUAUAUGAGUUAUUUUGAUAAAUGGAAAAUGGCAUCAUGUAACCUGUCAUUCUUAAUAAUUGUAGUUACUGUAGAACCAAUCAUUGCACCCAUAAACUGAGUAUUGAAAGUAUAAAAAAUUUCAAGCAUUUUAGCACAGAUGUAUAAUUUCAGUCACAAGGGAAGUGGUCAAUGAUAUUAAACCUCUUGUACCAUGUCUAUGGCAUCUUUCAAUAACUAGCAUGUAGUAUAAGUGAAAAGCAUUGUAAUUUAUCCACAUAGUAGUUAUUGAAUGGUUUAACUCCGCCUACUUGUUACUGUUGAGAUAUUGGUGUUAAUGUAUAAACAAAAUAAAGGAAACACUCCCAAACUAUGUACAAGUACCAAAUAUAAUUUCAGAAUUUAUAAAAAGAAUGUAUUUUGCAAUCUUCAAGUUCAGGGGACCAUUACUUCCAAAAUCCUAGGAACUAUUUCUUACCUUCGACAAAGUUGAAAGUACAAAAAUCGCUCCUAGGAGUUUUGAUUAAACCGAAAGCAGAUAUUUAAAUGUCAGAUUUGCUUUGUUGAAUUUGCAGAAUUCAUGAUUAUAUUAAAAUACCCGUAUAUCAAAGUUUCAUCAUGAGGCUCUCCAAAUGCAAACUUCUACAAGCUUUUAUAAUGUUCUGCUCUGCUUUUAUAAAUAUAUAUGUUUUGUAUUUCAUCGCUAAAGUGCAACAUUUUAGAAAAGUAAAAUAAUAUUCUGGUAAGUGAAAAAUUAUGUUGAGGUACCCACAGAUGGAUUAUUUGGUUGUAAUUAGUAAAUCUUUUGUUUGGCGUUUCUCUAUUCCUAUUUUUAGGUGUGAGAAGUUUUUUUUGCUUGGCACAAAGUCCAGCGUCUUUAAAUAAUUUCUUGUGAAUGCAAUAAGGUUUUUAGAAAACCAGCCAGAUCCACCUGUUUUUUGACUGGAUUAUGGCUCUUGAAAUGCUUAAGCAUUUUACCUUUGGAACGUAUGAAUAAUCGAUUACUUCCCUUUGAAAACUCUUCCUUACAGAAAAGGGCCAUGCUAAGUGAAGCAUCAUCAAAUAAUUCCCUAAUUUUGCGAAAAAUAAAAAUUAUGACCACCAUCAUUUAUGUCACAGGUAUUUUUGUGAGUCAGUUGGGAAGCGCCAAAUAAACCUUUUAUUAAACGAGGCCUAAUUUGAAUGUUAUGGAAUUCUAUAAUGGAAGUGUUUUUUUCCAAAUGACGGGGUCAAUAUUGCUUUGCUUUCAUUUUGCAUAGUAUUUCUAUCUUUAUUUUGUAAUAAACAAUUUUGCAUUGAAUUGUAUUCUCUCUUUUACAUACAUGCUGAUCUCAAAUAUGUCAUUAUUAUUUCUGGAUAACUCAUUCUUUUCCUCAUUUUUAUACAUAUUUCAUGUUUUAUAUUGUAAUUAAUUGCAAAAGUCAUUUAUUUAAAACAUGAUUCUGAGUUGUCAAAAAACUUAAUUCUAAAAGGUAGCUUUACAAAGUAUUUAUCAGAUUCAAUAACAGGUCUUGCGAACCUGGGUCUCUUGGGGCAGAUCCUGAUAGGGUAAUGGUAUCUGGGUCUUUUUGGGUAGAUGACAAUAAUGGGUUUAGCGAACCGGGGUCUUUUAGGGCGGAACCCAAUAAAGGGUUUUGUGAACCCGGGUCUUUUGGGGCAGAUCCAGGUAACGGGUAUAGUGUGAACCAGGGUCUUUUUUGACUGGUCCAAAUUUGUCUAGUGACAAACUUGGCCUUGUCCAUAUCAACCUACUUUAAUGUAAUGGACCACUUGCAACCCUGUACAGUUCUCUUGCAUUUAAAUUAAUUUUCUUUAAAUAUACUGUAAUUUGAUUAUUUUGUAGCCUUUUUUAUUAUCAUAUUUAAUGCAUUUAAACAAAGCUUUUCCAACAAACUAAUAUCAAGUGGUAUAACAUUUAUGUUAAAAAUGAAAUUGAGACCUCAUUAGAUGCGCAUAAAUCAUAACCUUGGGUAAAAUGAACAAUACAUUAGAAGUGAGUACAUAGAAUUUAACUUUGAUUUUAAAAUGUCUGUUAUUUUAUUUUUAAAUCUAUUAUAUUUUAUUUUUGAAUCUAUGAUAUCUUAUAAUUUGUUUAGGCAAUCUUGUACCAAACUUUUUAUUACUGUAUAAACUGAUCAUAUGUGAAAAUAACACUUCAACUCGUGUUGCAUGCUUUUUUAUUGUUGGUAAUUUGUGCAAUAUAUAGAGGAAAUUCUCUGAAUCUUGGUGUAAGAUAAAAAUUUAUUUCAUCAAGUGAUUAUAGAAAAAGCAAUAUUUAUACAAGUGGAGCUGUGAGCACCAGUGAAAUAAAUUUUGAUAUUACAACUAAAUUUAACAAAUCUUGAACUUCAAAUUUUGAAAAAAAAAUCUGGUUCUUUUAUGCUUAUUAUAUGAGGGUUAUGAAUAAUGUCAAAACAGUUGGCAUUAAAUUGACAUCAAGUGUGGAAUAAAAUGUGGUGAUGUCAUUUUGGUGACAUUACUUCAAACAUUUUCAACCGGGCACAGUGAACGCUUCAUUUCUUAUGUUUAAACAAAAAAGGAACAAAACUCGAAUAAAGGAGUUAAAAUAUGAAAAAUGAUAUUUUCACUGCAGUGAAGAUAACAACAAUGAAAAUAACAUGCUAUUUUUUAACAUGAAGCAUAAAAGAAAUAGAACUGAUUUUCACAAUUUGAUAAUGUUUUUUAUGUUUUAAGUCUAUCUACAUUUUGUUUCAAAUUGAAUUUAAAUGAUAAAGAUCUAAGUUUUAUAUUUACAUUUUUGCUACAUCAGAUGUGAUGUAGAAUUGUCAAAAAUUCACCCUUGGUAAGACAUCGUGUUCAUAUGUUUAGCCUUAUAACAACUUUAAGCUACUUUAUGUUUUUUACAUUACGUAUUUAAUUCUAUGUAAACUUCUUUGAUUUUAAUCCACUGAAAUAACUUGACCAAUCUUACUGAAAGAAGUCCUCAGAAUGGUCUUUCUGUUAAUAUGGUGCUAUUCUAGUCAUUUUGUUUCUUUUUAUUUUACAUGUAUGCUUUUAUUUCAAACACUAUUCUGUUUUUUUGACUCGCCAGCUUUUUGAAGAAAAAUAUCUGAAGAACUGUUAUAGCCUAUGUUCUAUUGUUUUCAGCGCAGGCAUCGUCGUUGUGCAAAUACUUUAACCAUUCACUAUAAGGCCAUAACUAAAAAUGCUCUGGAUAUUCAAUAAGACAUGGAACACAUGUUACCAGAAAAUAUAACCAAGGCACAUAACUCUAGCUUGGGUAAUUUUUCAGUUAUAUCAUUUAUUUGUCUGAAAGAAAAAAUAGUUGAGUGGUUGCAGUUGUUUCCCAGCUCUCUUGUUUUGUUUGUCAAUGUGUUAAAGAUGCACUCUCGCAGUCCAAAAAGUAAAUUUAAUACAAAUUAUGAAAAUAAAAUAAAAACAGUGAGCUAAGCUUAGUCCUGUUAUAAAAUACUUAUGAUGUUUAGAGAAAUUUGGGCUUGGUCACAUGAUAAACUUGGGCAAACAAAUGCAUUAUUUGAAUUCAUUUAUAUUUUGAACAAAGUAGGUAACUAUUGAGGACAGUCUUAAAGUUGCACUCUCACAGAUAUAUACCAUUUUUACAACUUUUUUAUUUUUUGUCUUGGAAAGAGCAAAUUUUGCAUUAAUAUCUCCAAAUCAAUAAUAAAAGAUUGCUGACCAAAUAUCGGAUCGCAGAUUUUCAUAUUUUCAUUUGAAAAUUAAUAUUUAUGGCUUAAACCGUUACUAACUGCUUUCCAUGGAUUUUCGCAAAAAUUGGCUCGUUCCAAGACAAAAAAUAAAAAAUUGUCAAAAUGUUCGAUCUGUGAGAGUGCAGCUUUAAGUCUGAUUGGUACCAACUGUUAUACUUGUUACUAAGACUUGAACAUUGUGAACAUUUCAAUAGACCAAAUAGACACAUAAAGUCAGUUUUUCAAGGCAAUAAUAUUUUUCCUAUAUUCAAGUCCCCUUCAAUGUAGUAUUCUGUUGUAAAUGUUUAUAAUUAUUUAUUAAUUUAUUUAUAAUUAAGUGGAAGGGAGUAUGAAAUGACUUUGUUAAGAAGAUUCAAUAUUUAGUAGUGAAUUUCUUUUUUUGGCUUUAAUGUUUAUUGAUUAAAUUUCUUAUACAUUAUUGAUUAAAAUCUAAUGGAUAAUAUACUAUAAACAUCACAUUCUACACCUACAUGAAUAUGUUUAUUUGGGAAUAUUGAACACUUAAUGAAACUCUUAAGUGACAUCAUUUGUCCAGAUUUAAAACUUUAUAAGUUGAGUGACAUCAGUUGUCCAUAUUUAGACUACAAAAGUUGAGUGACAUCAGUUGUUCAUAUUUAAACUACAAAAGUUGAGUGACAUCAGUUGUCCAUAUUUAAACUACAAAAGUUGAGUGACAUCAUUUGUCCAUAUUUAAACUACAAAAGUUGAGUGACAUCAUUUGUCCAUAUUUAAACUACAAAAGUUGAGUGACAUCAUUUGUUCAUAUUUAAACUACAAAAGUUGAGUGACAUCAUUUGUCCAUAUUUAAACUACAAAAUUUGAGUGACAUCAGUUGUCCAUGUUUUAAACUUAAGUCAGACAUCGUUUGUCCAUAUUUAAAAUUGUAUAAGUUGAGUGACAUCACUUGUCCAUGUUUAAAACUGCAAAACUUGAGUGACAUCAUUUAUACAUAUUUAACUGCAAGACUUCAGUGACAUGAGUUGUCCGUAUUUUAAAUGACAUCAUUUAUCCAUGUUUAAAACUGUUUUAGCUGUGUAUACAAUGCCAAAGGUACUAGUAUUUCAUUUUUAUUCAUUUAUUAUACACACAAUGAGUGUUUUUUUUCUAUUCUUACAGCUUCUUAUUUUCAAAACAUUAUUUAUUGCCAUAAAUAUCAUUUUUAAAUGUGCAUAUAUUAUUUAUACUUCCAUUUACAAUGUUUUUAGUGAGUGGUUUACAUGUAUUUAUGUUGACAUGUGCAAUCAUAUUUAUAUCGAAUUCCAGCGGAAUAAAUUAUGUUAAAGAUA